AUGGUUACUGAUGACGGAGGAGUGGUUUCAAGGCCUUACACACCAACUCAUGUAACAACUACACGGUUCGAGAUCCCUAUAAAGAUAUACGAUGACGGUAGGCUAACACAACACGUACGACAUUGGAAAGUCGGUGACUCUAUCGAAUGGCGUGGACCAUAUAAUGAAGAUGUGGAUUUGUUGAAUAAAAAGGUCCCGUGUUUACUACUGGUUGCUGGCGGCACCGGUAUUGCACCGUUCGUUCGUGUUAUCGACGAAACAUUAAAGGAUGAUGAAAAUGAAACUCGGAUUCGCCUACUGUACUGUGUUCGAAGUGGAGCAGAUAUUUUAUUUGAGGAACAAUUCAGCGAAUGGGCACGACAUUGGAAUUUCAUUAUUGUUAUUUGUGGAGAUGGAGUGGAGAAGGACUCUCUACCAUAUCUGUUCAAGUGCGUAAAUACUCGUUUAACUGAAGAACAUUUCCAAGAACAACUUAAAACUCUUUCCAGAGGCGAUUUGGAUAAUGUGCUGGUUAGUGUAUGUGGUAGAACAACAUUGGAGAAGGAUGUUGUGAAUUUCGCCAAAAGAGCUGGUGUGGAUCCUAAGAAGAUUUUGCGAUUUCCGGGAUAA